AUGAUUCAACUAUUGAGUUUGAACAGUUAAUUGUAAACCAAAUUGUUUCUUAUGAAUUAGCCAAUGUGCUUUUUUAAUCACUUGCCAAGUUACAUUUAAGAUAUAAACAUGUUAACCAUGAAAAAAACAAAAUGUUCAAUUAGUUAACUGUAAUUUUGUCUGGUGAAACAAUUAAGUAGUGAAUGGAUGAAGCUAAUCAACAACAAUUUGGAAAAUUAUUAACUUUAAUCCUUAAUUCAUAUCCUUGGUUUUCCCUUAUCACAAUUAGUGUUAAUUGUCAAUGGUCUCUGGAUACAAAAGUAAUCAAGGAUUAAGCUCAACAAUGAAUCAUUAAAAAGUUGAUUAACUAUCAAAUCUCAAUGUCACUGGAAAAGUAAAUUAAAAAAAAAAGUGUUUGGAACAAGAUGAGUGUCGAAAGAGCAAAAAUCAUUCUAACGGAAACUUUGUUUUCGAAAAGUUCUAAUGGUCCAAAUGACCUGAUCAGUUUAACUGGAGGUCGACCUUUAAUUGCCGAUUCAUUGAUAUAUCGUUUAACUUUUGACCCGGAAGAAGAUGAUUAUUGUUAUGAUGAUGAUGAUGAUGAGAAACAAUUAUUUACUAUCAACAACAAUUUAAAAUCAUCAAUUGAUGUUAACGAUAAUGAUGUUGACAUGAUAAAUGUCUGGUCAUCCAAUUGGGACAACAACAAUCAACAUGAUGACCAUGAAAAUAAUGGACAUGAUAAAAUGAAAAUCAAUGAACCAGAAUUUAAGAAAUUGAUUUUCAAUUCGAGGCAAACAAUUAAUAAAUUGAACGUCUCUUCAUUAGCUGAUGAAAUAAUUGAUUCUGAAAUGAACUCAUUGAAAUGUUUACAAUUUAAACCCACGAAUGAAACAAUUAAACCCACAACAAUAAUUAGUGAUUAUAGUGAAACAAUUGAAACUGAUCAUCAUUAUAAUGGUAAAUCAACUGGACAAUGUCCAUCUACUGGAAGGAAAUGGAAAUCAUCAAUUUUACCAUCACUUAUGAGAGGGACAAUUAACACGGAAACAUCAAUAAUCACUCGUAGUUGUCCACCGACUCGAGCUUGUCUUUCAUGCUGUACAAUUAGCUAAUUACCAUCAUCAUGACAACAAUUAACAGAAUCACGAAUCCUCAAUGAAAUCAAAAAUUGAUCAAAAAGCAAGUUGAUUAGUUGGACAAUUAAAACCUAAUGAUGGCGAUGAUCAGUUACCAUGAAAGUCUAAGAGGUUUUUGUAUGUAAAUAAAUUCACAGUUUUCAUUAAUUGUUACAAUUAAAGUUACUCUAUUAUUUGAAAA